AUGGAGCUUUCUAUUACUGGUGCCAAGGUUGGAGGUAAUGGAACGUGUAAUGAUGCCAUUAGCGUGUAUUUGAAUGCAGCCAUUCAUGCGAGAGAGCGAGGUGCUUCAGAUGGAUUAUUAUUCUUCAUUGGAGAUCUUUUGUACGCAAACAAAAAUGGUCUCGGGUUGAAAUAUGGCUCAAAAUCUUACACCAAUGCUCAGGUGAAGACGGCGCUCUCAACUGGAAUUGUUUUUAUUCCUCUCAGUAAUCCGGAUGGUGUAGCUUAUGAUCAAUCGACUAAUAGCUGUUGGCGCAAGAACCGAAACCCAAAAUCGGGAACGGGAUCUUCGACUGGUGUGGAUUUGAAUCGAAAUUUUGACUUUCUAUGGGAUUUAACAAAAUGGGCUUCAAGUGUUCGAUCCCAGGUUGCAUCUACUAGUCCUUCAUCCGAGGUAUUCCACGGCACGGCCGCCUUCUCCGAACCCGAAACGCAAAGCAUAAAAUGGGUAAUGGACACCUACAGCAAAAUCCGAUGGUUCGUAGACCUCCACUCCUACGCCGGCGACAUCCUCUACUCCUGGGGCAGCGACACAAAUCAAGCCAGCUACCCCUCUAUGAAUUUCCUCAACAGCGCCUACAACUCCGUGCGGGGCAUCUUAUCCGAUACACCCGGAUCCGGCAGCGGCUACGGGGAAUACACACCCAGUUCUGAAAACGGCGCCAACAAAGCCGCCGCGAGUAAAAUCGGUGCUGGGAUGAGUGGUGCUGCGGGGAGAACUUAUUCUGUUUUUCCAGCGGCGAAUCUUUAUCCUACUAGUGGUGCUAGUGAUGAUUAUUCCUAUUCGAGACAUUUUGUGGAUAACUCGAAGAAUUUGAUUCAUGGGUAUACGAUUGAGUUUGGGUUUGGGAAUGCGGCGGCUGGGUGUCCGUUUUAUCCGACGCUGGCGCAGCAUAAUUUUAAUUUGCAGGAGAUUGGGGCCGGGUAUAUGGAGUUGUUGAUUGCGGCGGUGGAGUUGGGGGUUGGUGAGGGGGUGGGUUGUUAG